UAAAAUGGAUUUCAUCACUUCUUGAUAAGAAAAGAUGAUAAACAAUGAUACGGAUUCUAGGUGGCAAGAGAAAAUGGAUGAUAAAGACAUCAUUCGGCUUAGCCUUAUGCAAUUGUCAUUCCUCAAUUUCUCCCGUUUCCUUGAAUUCUCGAACAACGACCUGAAAACUAGCCUUGUUGCCUUGAUUUCUCGAAUGACGACCUGAAAACUUACAUCGUUGUCUUGAUUUCACGAACGAUGACCUAAAAACUAACUCCAUGACACUUAAAUAAAUAAAUACAUUCUUACUAAAUUAACAUAAAAAUACAACAAUUUAGAUCUAAAAUAACAUAGCAAUGUGGUACAAUUAGAAAUCAAGUUUAGUCAUGUUGCCCAAGACGAGUCAGAGGUAUUCAUUCAUGAAACUGACGUCAGCAGUGAGGCUUUUUAUCCCGGUGAUGCAAUCAGCAUUGCGCUGGUGCUUCUAUUUAAAAUGAAUAGUUAUAACUUCCAAUUCUCCACUCAAACUUCAAGGCUCAACCACACCUAUGGCUAGCAAAAUCACCACAAUCUCAUCACCGGAAACCACCCAAUCUCAGCCCCUCCAACUGCAGGACCGGGUUGCAAUCGUCACCGGCGGCUCUCGCGGUAUCGGCAAAGCCAUCUCCCUCCACCUAGCAUCCCUUGGAGCAAAGCUCGUCGUCAAUUACACUUCCAAUUCCUCUAAAGCGGAUCUAGUCGUUUCGGAAAUUAAUUCCAAAUCUCAAUCUGAAUCCCCACAAGCUGUUUCUUUCAAAGCCGACGUAUCAGAUCCGAUUCAAGUAAAAGCCCUCUUUGAUGCGGCUGAAUCCGCCUUCGAUUCCCCUUUAUAUAUCCUCGUCAACGCCGCCGGGGUUCUUGACUCCUCCUAUUCUUCGAUCCCCAACUCCUCCCUCGACGAAUUCGAUAGGACGUUUGCCGUGAACACCAGAGGCGCUUAUUUAUGUUGUAAGGAGGCGGCGAACAGGUUGAAGCAAGGCGGCGGAGGGAGGAUUAUCUGUCUGACGACAUCACUGGUGGCAUCUUUGAGACCGGGGUACGGGCCGUAUGCAGCGUCUAAAGCUGCGGUGGAGGCUAUGGUGAAGAUUCUGGCGAAGGAACUGAAGGGGACGAGGAUCACGGCGAACUGUGUAGCUCCGGGGCCUAUCGCGACAGAUCUGUUUUUCGAAGGAAAAACUGAGGCGAUGGUGAAUAUGGUAAUUGAUCAGAACCCUUUGGGUAGACUGGGGUUGCCGGAGGACGUUGCUCCGUUGGUUGGGUUCUUGACGAGUGACGCCGGUGAGUGGAUAAACGGUCAGAUCGUUCGUGUCAAUGGUGGAUUUGUGUGAAACAGAGAGUUUUCGCGGGCUUUUUUCUUGUAAGAUUUCGUGGCGGGUUGGUUCGGGUUCGGGUCAGUGUUUUGAAUAAAUUACAAAUAUUUUUCCAGCAAAUUACAAAUUUCGUAUAUGCUUAUAUAUAAAUUUGCAAAAAAAUUAAUUAAUUUUUGUUUCGUA